CUAAGUCUCGACGCGCAUAAGAUUUCGUGGGCCGAUCACAAAUGUCAAAAAAAUUGUGAUUCAUAUUACUUUUAAAUCAAUAAUGUGUUGUAUGUAUUGAAAUAAUUGUAACAAUUUGGCCGUACGGUAUAAAUUUAGCUUGAUUCUAACCCACCUGACUUGAAAAAAACAUCACAGCUAUGACAAAUUCGCACUCUCCUUGCCAAAUUGGGGACCGCGUCGAGAGCGGCGGUUACAUCGGAACGGUAAAAUACGUGGGCCCCAUCGAGGGCAAGCCCUCAAUUUGGCUCGGGAUCGACUGGGACAACCCCCAGCGGGGCAAACACGACGGCCGCGUCAACGGAGUGCAAUAUUUCACCACCAGAAACCCGACUUCAGGUUCCUUCAUAAGGCCUGAGAAGGUCAAUUGCGGGAAAUCAGCCCUAGCGUCGAUUGAGUCGCGCUACGGCCAGUUCGAGGAUGAAUUCACCGCCAAAAUCAACAAACAGAAGCAGCUGCUUAUCCAACAAAACAUGAACGCGCCUUUUUUGGAAAUGGUCGGCUUUGACAAGGUUUUCCACAAACAGAGCGACUUCACGUCGUUGAGAAUCGUCAAUUUGCGUGACCAAGGGAUUAAUUCGGCGGGUCCGCCGCUACGACUCGGAGAAACGUGUCCGAAUAUUGAAGAGUUGGACAUUUCGAAAAAUUUGCUAGUGUCUUGGGAGAGCGUUUUUGAGAUUUGCCGCCAGUUGCCGAGGCUUUUUUGGCUGAAUGUUAGUGAGAAUUUGCUGGACUUGCCAACGAUUAGUGAGAGUUUUCCAAACGUGACAACUCUGAUUUGUGGGUGUAUGGACUUGGACUGGGGGCACAUUUGCCAACUUGGACGCAUUUUCCCGUCAGUUGAAGAGUUCAGAGCUCCGAAUAACAAAAUCCGGGGGCUUAGCACACCUGAGGGGUUUUUCACCAAAUUAAAGUUGCUCGAUCUUGAAGGGAAUAACAUUGAGUUUUGGACGGAGGUCUGCAAAUUGGGGGAUUUACCGCACUUGGAGCAACUUAUUCUGGAGAAUAUUGGGCUCCAGUUGAUUGAGUUUGAGGGUGAUUCCCCCAAAGUACAAGCUUUCAGAGCGAUGAAAAAAUUAUGUGUUGUGAAAAACUUGAUCCGUGAGUGGCGUUCUGUGGCUGAGUUAAAUCGGCUUGAAAGUUUAGAAAAUCUGCGAUUUUCCAAAAACCCCAUCACAGAAUCGGAAGAACCUGACACUAUCCAUCAAAUAAUAAUCGCAAAAAUUGCCAACUUGAAAAUUUUAAAUGGGGUUGAGAUUGAAGCCACUGAGAGACGGGGGGCUGAAUACGACUACAUGAAAAAGUACGGUCUUGAAUGGUUGGACGCCAAGGGUACCAACAAAGAGGCUGAUUUUCUCAAAACCCACAACAGAUAUUUGGAAUUGAUACAAAAAUAUGGCGAGCUGGAAGAGAGUGAACUUGUCUCAAAACCGAAAAUUAUUAAAAAUACGUUGGUCCAAUUAAGUAUAGUUUUUGAGGACUUUACGGUAGAAAAGAAAGUGCCUCUCACAAUGACUGUGCAAAAACUUAUAGUCCUCACACAGAAAAUGUUCAGCUUGAGUGGAAGGCCCCACUUGAUUUACGCCAGCAAGAGCGAUCCAGAAAUCGAGAUUCUUCUAGAGGAUGAAAUGAAAGAAAUCGGAGUUUACUCAAUGCAAAAUGGUGAUAAAAUUAUCGUGAAAGACAAAGUGUGAUUGAUUUUGUGUUGUACAAAACCAUUAAUUUAUUCAAUAAAGUUUUUAAUAAAUAUUUUCCAAAUAAAAA